CUCUGGUGACAGAGGAGUAGUGAGCGGCACCGGGUGAGGCUGCAGCCAACUCCGCUCCCCGCGCACUCGGCUGCCCAGGCGCUCGGGACACAGCAGCGGCGCUUUCCCCCGGCGCUGACCGCCCGCGAUGUCCGCUUAGGAGCGGCGGCAGCGGCCAGCGUCGCCACACCCGCAGCUCAGCGCUCCCGGUCGCGGAACGGGGCCAGAGGGUGCACCCUUGCCCCAGCCCCCACCCCGCCCCCCACCCUGAAAUGACUUGUUAAUCGGCGCAGACACUACCGAAGGGACUCACUGGAGUGGAAUCCAAGUGGAAUUUGGAUUUGGAGAAGAGUUUCUUGAACGUUACUCCUUCCUUGUUGUCUUCUUCUUUCUUUUUUUUCUUCUCCCCUUCUCCGCCUGUCACUGGAGAUGAACACAGAGCGUUUGCAUCCCAGAAAGUAGUCGCCGCGACUGUUAUCCCUAAAGAGGCAAGCACACAUGUAGGAAUGACAAAGGCUUGUGAAGGAGAGAGCGCAGCUCGCGGCCCGAAGAGAUCCCCUCGAUAAUGGAUUACUAAAUGGGAUACACGCUGUGCCAGCCCGCUCCGAGCCCCGGCCGCCUACCCGUCGAUGCACCGAAAAGGGUGAAGUAGAGAAAUAAAGUCUCCCCGCUGAACUACUAUGAGGUCAGAAGCCUUGCUGCUAUAUUUCACACUGCUACACUGUGCUGGGGCUGGUUUCCCAGAAGAUUCUGAGCCAAUCAGUAUUUCGCAUGGCAACUAUACAAAACAGUAUCCGGUGUUUGUGGGCCACAAGCCAGGACGGAACACCACACAGAGGCACAGACUGGACAUCCAGAUGAUUAUGAUCAUGAAUAGAACCCUCUACAUUGCUGCUAGGGAUCAUAUUUAUACUGUUGAUAUCGACACAUCACACACAGAAGAAAUUUAUUGUAGUAAAAAACUGACAUGGAAAUCUAGACAGGCUGAUGUAGACACGUGCAGAAUGAAGGGAAAACAUAAGGAUGAGUGUCACAACUUUAUUAAAGUUAUUCUAAAGAAAAACGAUGAUACUUUGUUUGUCUGUGGAACUAAUGCCUUCAACCCUUCCUGCAGAAACUACAAGAUGGAUACUUUGGAACCUUUUGGGGAUGAAUUCAGUGGAAUGGCCAGGUGCCCUUACGAUGCCAAACAUGCCAACAUUGCUCUGUUUGCAGAUGGAAAACUCUACUCGGCCACAGUGACUGACUUCCUUGCCAUCGAUGCAGUUAUUUACCGGAGUCUUGGAGACAGCCCGACCCUACGGACCGUCAAGCACGACUCAAAAUGGUUGAAAGAACCAUACUUUGUACAAGCGGUGGACUAUGGAGACUAUAUCUACUUCUUCUUCAGGGAAAUAGCAGUGGAAUACAACACCAUGGGAAAGGUAGUUUUCCCAAGAGUGGCCCAGGUUUGUAAGAAUGACAUGGGAGGGUCGCAGAGAGUCUUGGAGAAACAGUGGACAUCUUUCCUUAAGGCUCGCCUGAACUGCUCAGUUCCCGGAGACUCCCAUUUUUAUUUCAACAUACUCCAGGCUGUCACAGAUGUGAUUCGCAUCAAUGGCCGUGAUGUUGUCCUGGCAACCUUUUCCACACCUUAUAACAGCAUCCCAGGGUCUGCGGUCUGUGCCUAUGACAUGCGUGACAUUGCCAGUGUUUUUACUGGAAGAUUCAAAGAACAGAAGUCUCCAGAUUCUACUUGGACACCAGUUCCUGAUGAGCGAGUGCCUAAGCCCAGGCCAGGUUGCUGCGCAGGCUCAUCCUCCUUAGAAAAAUAUACGACCUCUAAUGAGUUUCCUGAUGAUACCCUGAACUUCAUCAAAACACACCCGCUCAUGGAUGAGGCCGUGCCUUCUAUCAUCAAUAGGCCAUGGUUCCUGAGGACGAUGGUCAGGUACCGCCUCACCAAAAUCGCGGUGGACACUGCUGCUGGGCCGUAUCAGAACCACACUGUGGUUUUCCUGGGAUCAGAGAAGGGAAUUAUCUUGAAGUUCUUGGCCAGAAUAGGAAACAGUGGUUUCCUAAAUGACAGCCUUUUCCUGGAAGAGAUGAGUGUUUACAACCCAGAAAAGUGCAGCUAUGAUGGAGUAGAAGACAAGAGGAUUAUGGGAUUGCAACUGGACAAAGCAAGCAACUCUCUGUAUGUUGCCUUCUCCACCUGUGUGAUAAAGGUUCCCCUUGGCCGGUGCGAACGACAUGGGAAAUGUAAAAAAACCUGCAUCGCCUCCAGAGACCCAUACUGUGGCUGGGUAAAGGAAGGAGGCUCAUGUGCCCACCUGUCACCUGGCAGCAGACUGACUUUCGAACAGGAUAUAGAGCGUGGCAAUACGGAAGGCCUAGGAGACUGUCACAAUUCCUUCGUGGCGUUGAAUGACAUCUCAACUCCUCUUCCAGAUCACGAAAUGUCUUACAACACAGUAUAUGGGCACUCCAGUUCCCUCUUGCCCAGCACCACCACGUCAGAUUCGGCGGCUCGAGAGGGGUAUGAGUCUAGGGGAGGAAUGCUGGACUGGAAGAAUCUGCUCCAUUCACCUGACAGCACAGACUCUUUGGGGGCAGUGUCUUCCCAUAAUCACCAAGACGAGAAGGGAGUGAUACGCGAAAGUUACCUCAAAGGCCAUGACCAGCUUGUUCCUGUCACUCUCUUGGCCAUUGCGGUGAUUCUGGCUUUUGUCAUGGGGGCCGUUUUCUCAGGCAUCAUCGUCUACUGUGUCUGUGACCACCGGCGCAAAGAGGUGUCCACAGUGCAACGCAAGGAGGAGCUCACCCACUCCCGCCGGGGCUCCAUGAGCAGCGUCACCAAGCUCAGCGGCCUCUUUGGUGACACGCAGUCCAAAGACCCAAAGCCAGAGGCCAUCCUCACACCACUCAUGCACAACGGCAAGCUCACCACGCCCGGCAACACGGCCAAGAUGCUCAUUAAGGCUGACCAGCACCACCUGGACCUAGCAGCCUUGCCCACCCCCGAGUCCACGCCAACACUGCAGCAGAAGCGGAAACCCAGCCGCGGCAGCCGGGAGUGGGAAAGGAACCAGAACCUCAUCAAUGCCUGCACAAAGGACAUGCCCCCCAUGGGAUCCCCUGUGAUUCCCACGGACCUGCCCCUCCGGGCCUCGCCCAGCCAUAUCCCCAGCGUGGUGGUUCUGCCCAUCACGCAGCAGGGCUACCAGCAUGAGUACGUGGACCAGCCUAAAAUGAGCGAGGUGGCCCAGAUGGCCCUGGAGGACCAGGCGGCCACCCUGGAGUAUAAAACCAUCAAGGAGCAUCUCAACAGCAAGAGUCCCAACCAUGGGGUGAACCUAGUGGAGAACCUGGACAGCCUGCCCCCCAAAGUACCCCAGCGGGAGGCCUCCCUUGGCCCCCAGGGAGCCUCCCUGUCUCAGAGCGGCCUAAGCAAGCGGCUGGAGAUGCACCCCUCCUCCUCCUACGGGCUUGACUAUAAGAGGAGCUACCCCACGAACUCGCUCACGAGAAGCCACCAGGCUACCACUCUCAAAAGAAACAAUACUAAUUCCUCCAAUUCCUCCCACCUCUCCAGAAACCAGAGCUUUGGCCGGGGAGACAACCCGCCCCCUGCCCCACAGCGAGUGGACUCCAUUCAGGUGCACAGCUCGCAGGCGUCUGGCCCAGCCGUGACUGUUUCGAGGCAGCCCAGCCUCAACGCCUACAACUCAUUGACCAGGUCAGGGCUGAAGCGCACACCCUCGCUAAAGCCGGACGUACCCCCCAAACCUACCUUUGCCCCCCUUUCCACAUCCAUGAAGCCCAAUGAUGCGUGUACAUAAUCCCAGGGGUGGGGUCAGGUGUCGAGCCAGCAGGAAAGGCGAGGCGCGCACUCGCUCAGCACGGGUCUCAGCCGCCCCCAGUGCGCACCAGACCAAGAUGGCCGCAGCAGAGCCCGGGACACUGCGUCCUCGGGGAUUUGGGGGGACUCUCCAAGUGGCCCACGUGGUUUGGUGAAGCUUUGCGACGCGGGACUCACCUCCAUUCUCUUCCUUCACUCUCCCCCCUCCACUCCCUGCAACAGGUUGUACUCACAAAAGACUUAAAUUAUCAUCACAAACAUGAGCCAAAAGCACAUACCCACCCACACGUGUGCACAUUUGUGCGCGGACACACACAUACACACACUCACACUCACACAGGUGAACAACUACAACACUGUCCAUGACUGCACAGAGCGCUGCCAAACUAGGCUAGCGUUCCAACUUGCAAAACAAAUACAUUUUUUAAAAUCAUGCAAGUUAAAAAGACAAAAAAAAGAACACAUUGGUAAUUCUAACUCAGACUUUUAACAAUGGCAGAAGUUUACUAUGCGCAGAUACUGUGAAGUGCCCACCAGUGUUAACAGCUUUCUGUUAUAGCAGAUUAAUGCCAUGCUGGGCGACUAUGUCAUAGGUUUCUGCUCCUCUCUCUUAAUGAAGUAACGUGACCGUUAACGCAAGUAACUUUAUUUAUUGUUCACCCUUUUUUUCCUUAAGGAAUGGACUCUCCCACAUACCACCCUGUGAACAGCUCUUCAGAAAAGCCCCUUGAAGUCACACUAUUUAACGUGAAAUCCAUUAACUGGAAUAAUUGAGUUUCUUUAUUUUUACAAUAAAUUCACUGAGUAAAUAAGUUGGAGCUGGAAUUCUGAGCUUUGUGUUUGGACUAUGUGGUAUCUAGCUGAAGGAGAAAGUUAAGAGGGGAAUAUUUAUUUAAAUCUACCAGUCACUUUGCUGGUCAGGUCUCUGUGCUAUAUAACAUGCAAAAAAAUUAAUUAGUUGAAAAGUCCUUCCAGAUCCUAACUUCUAAAGCAACCAGGAGAGGAACUUUUAGAAUGGCACACCCAUGCCCCAUUGCUGCCAACAUGGCUCUGUCAGUGGUUCCUACUUUCUGUGAAGGCACCAGCUUGUGAUAUGCCAUCUAAUCUCAUCCUGCAUGUGAGACAGCAAACAAAAUCCACAAACGGUGUGAACUAAUUAAUACGCUGGCUGCUACCUUGCAUAAACUAAUGGUUUGAUCACACGGGUUUUUCGUGGGGUUACAUCUGUGAAUAGCCUGUUUUCCACAUGUAAAUUUGUGCCUUACACCCUGAGUUGUGUACACUUGUAAAAUGUCAUGAUAAACUUUUUCCUCCUUUUGAAAUACAGAUAUUUAUUUAACCCUCCCCCCACCCCGCUCCAGUCCUCUGAAAGAUUAGCUGUCCAGCAGAUGGAAGAAGAAUGCAGUGGUGAUGGUUGUAAUCUCGCAGCCUGGGAAAGCUGGGCGCACAACACCAUCCGGUUCACCCUUCUAGUCGUGCCAAUUCCAACCACCCUUUGGCCAUGGUGCCAAGCAUGGACCCCAGUGUUGUGGGUGGCAAAUCCCUUCUCCCUCGGGGGCUCCCUGCUUCCCUUAAAUUCUCAGAUCAUUUCAACAUGGUGAUAUCCUCAUUUCCCAGCAGGAAAAGGACUGAAGUCCCAGUCCUUAUUUCUGCCAGGCCCACUGGCUGGAAAACACACUGUGUGCGGUUGGGCAGGCAACUGGGAGGAGUCUCCAAGCCGUGUGUUCGGUGCACUUGAGCACUGCACACAAAGAAAUGACAUGGAAAUAGAUGCAGGCAGGCUGGACCCUGCUGUGAUUAAUGAGCAACUCCAAGUACAAGGCCAGCCACAAUGGAUGCUGCAAAAACCUUGACUGGGGCAAAAGAAUUUUAAUUUCUACAAAAACGUCUUUAUCCUUUUGUUAUGGUUUGUGGGGGUGCACAGGUGUGUGUUUUUCCCCUGGGUUUUUAUUAGCGCAAGCACACCGAAGGGACUUUUGUUUAUGCUAUCAUGAACAAAGGAACUCUCAACAUACGUAAACUGUGAGCAUUACUGGUUAUGUUUUUUUUUUAAACAGUUAAACAUGUUUGAUGGUCUCUUUGUCUUUUUGUUUCUAGUUUGAUCUGCAUUUAGUUUUGUCUUUAAAAAAAGAAAAAAACUUCCAAAAAGAUAGUUUGGGGCAAUUUUGAGUUGGCUGGUGAAAAAGGGGUGCCUUGGUAAGCAGAGAGACCUGGGUGUGCAGCAAGAGGGCCUUUUGUCCCACCACCUUGUGCCAGUUUGCUAUUCAGGGUAGGUUUCUGUUGUUGUUUUUGUGUACUUAUAUUUUUGUUGUGUUAGUGGAAUCAAAGUUCACAUCCUGUGAACUCUGUGCCCUGAAACCAUGAAGUCUUUUCUAGAUAGAAACAGAUCAUUGUAUUUUUCCCUUGGAUUUUUUUUUUUUUUUAGAAAUGCAGAACUUAGGAAAGUGAUGGGUAUAUGCUACUGUGCUACCUUCUUCCCCAAGCCUAACUCCCAAGAGUAUUGACAGUGCAGUGCUCACUGUCUCAUCCUGUGUGUGGGCAUCCCUGCCUCAGCUGUGUUACGAAGACCUGUGUCAAAAUUACAUCCCAUCACCCAUCACUUAUGGUGUUGACCCUAGAGUGCCCACAUGUGUUGAGUUGGUCUUCUGCAUUUAAGUAUUUUUCCCUUUUUCUUUUAUUUCCCCACUGCAUGUGGGGGGAGGGUCCAUAAACCCGAGUGUGCCUUUGCUUUCCACCCUUGCUAGACACUGGUAGAUACAACAAACUCAGAUUUAUAUUUGUUGUAAAGUUGUAAAAAUAUUGUGAUGUCACCAAUUUUCCUUCCAUCUCCACAUCUCCUAACAUCUGAUUCACGACUUAAUGUAUGUUGUAAAAAA